CACUACCAUUCCCUUCUGCUUCUUUGUCACCUUAGUUACCAUCACACCCAGUAUUCACAACCUGUUAAAUCCGGUUUCCACUUACCGGUCUUCGUUAGAUAUUGUGGCAAAGAACCAAAAAGACCCAAUCCCUUGGGGCCAAUAGCCAUCUUUCGCUUCUACGCUUCUACGCUUCUACGCCACCAUUCACUGAAGAGCCUCCCCGCCUACCUUGACAAAACCUGCACACGACUUUAUGUCGCCGCCUCUAAACCGUGAACGCUUCAUAUCCUUAAGACCCAUCCCCCAACACAACCAGCAUUACAAUGGCGCCUAAAAAGAAGGGCGGCAAGAAGCAGGCCGACGAUUGGGAGAACGAGCUCGGUGAGACUGUCGACCCGAUCGCUCAGGCCACCGAAGAUGCAAAGAAGGCAGAGACAGAGAAUGAUGCUGCGGAAGAGAUGAACGGCGGCGGUGGUGGAUUGAUGGCGGCUCUGCGCAAGAACAAAGAUAAGCGUGCAAAGAAAGGCAAACCCGUCAUCAAUGACUUUGUCGAAGGUGAAGAUGCAGAUGGUGUAGCCCCAGCCCAGCCCGAGAACGACCUGGAUGCGAAAGCACCGACUGAGGCGACGUUUGGCGAUGACGAUGACGUCUUUGCCGGCAAUGCACAUAAGAAGGCUAAAGGAGGCAAGAAGCAGCAAGACAAGGACGAGCCCCCUGCUCCCACGGAGGAUGGUGAAGACGCUGGCGAUGGUGGUGGAGUGAAGUCAAAGAAGGAGAAAGAACGUGAGAAGAAGGAACGUGAGAAGCAGAGAAAGAAAGAACAGGCUGCGAAGAAAAAGGCUGUCGCCCCGGCAUCAGGUCCCAAGGAUGAGGAAGAUAAGCCCGCCGUGCCCGAAAAAGCCGAAGCUCCCGUCGCCGCACCAGAGAAAGAAGACAAAUCCGGCAAGAAAAGGAAGAUCCCUGCACAUCUCGCUGCGAUCCAAAAGCAGCAAGAAGCCCUUGCUAAACAGCGAGAAGAACAGGCCAGGAUAGAAGCCGCGGAAAAAGCCGCUGAAGAAGAGCGCCUAAGAAAGGAAGCCGAAGAGGAGAAGAAGAAAGCCGAGGCGAGACAACGAAAGAAGGAAAAGGAAAAGGAGAAGAAAGAACAACUGAAGAAAGAAGGCAAACUCCUCUCCGAAGCCGACAGGAAGAGGAAGCAGCAACAAGAUCUUCGCCUUAAGCAACUACUUGAAUCUGGCGUCAAAGUUGCAGGCUUGACCGAAGGCAUCGAAGAAAAGAAGAAACCUGCGGUCGACAAGAAACGAAAGGGUCCGAAGAAGGAGGAAAUUGACCUCGAAGCUGCUGCUGAAAGAGCGAGACAGGAGGCAGAGGCAGCCGAGGCAGAACGCCAACGUCUAGCCAAGGAAGCCGAAGAAGCCGCCGCCGCCGCCGCUGCUGCAGAAGCAGAGGCUGCGAAGCAGGAAGAAUCUUCCGAGCUUGACGAUUGGGAGAAGGCUGCCGAUGAGGACGUAAAGGAGAGCUGGGAUGCUGCGUCCAGUGACGAAGAAGAUGAAGCCGAAGGUGCGCCCAAAGCAGCUGCAAACGGAAGCGCUUCCAAGACGCAUCCCACGACCGCCACCAAUGGAGCCGUGACCAAGUCAACCACAACGUCGAGCCUGCCAAUGAGGGAUUCAGGGCCCCCGCCAAAGGAGAGACCUAUCGAAUCCGACACGGAAUCCGAGGAGUCAUCCUCAGAAGAGGAAGGCACAGCUACGCAACGAGCACUGGCGAAGAAGAAAGCCGAAGCAGCUGCCAGAAGAGCAAAAGCUCACGAAGAAGCGCUCGCUGCCCGGUCCAAAGAUAAUCUUCGUUCACCUAUCUGCUGUAUCCUGGGUCACGUCGACACUGGCAAGACGAAGCUCCUGGAUAAAAUUCGACAAACAAAUGUGCAAGAAGGUGAAGCAGGUGGUAUCACACAGCAGAUCGGUGCGACUUACUUCCCCGUUGAUGCUCUGAAACAGAAGACCGCUGUUGUCAACAAAGACGGCAAAUUUGAGUUCAAAGUGCCUGGACUGUUGGUCAUCGACACUCCUGGUCACGAAUCUUUCUCCAACCUCCGCUCUCGCGGUUCCUCGCUUUGCAACAUUGCCAUCUUGGUCGUCGAUAUCAUGCACGGCUUGGAGCCACAGACAUUGGAGUCGAUGAAACUCCUUCGCGACCGCAAGACACCGUUUAUCGUGGCUCUCAACAAGAUUGACCGUCUCUAUGGCUGGAAGAAGAUCGACAACAAUGGCUUCCAGGACAGUCUCGCUUUCCAGUCCAAGGGAGUAGUGGCUGAGUUUGAGAGUCGACUUGCCGAAACCAAGCUUGCCUUUUCCAAGGAGGGAUUCAACUCCGAGGUCUUCUACGAAAACAAGGACAUGCGCCGAUACGUCUCACUGGUGCCAACUUCCGCACACACAGGCGAAGGCAUUCCGGAUCUGCUCAAGCUUCUGGUGUCGUUGACCCAGGAACGGAUGACGACCAGCUUGAUGUACUUGUCUGAGGUGGAAUGUACGGUGCUUGAAGUCAAAGUGAUUGAAGGCCUCGGUACCACGAUUGAUGUGGUACUGUCGAACGGAGUCCUCCACGAAGGGGACCGGAUUGUGCUCUGUGGCACCGAUGGGCCAAUUGCCACCAAUAUUCGGGCGCUUCUAACACCUGCUCCGCUCAAGGAACUGCGCCUCAAGUCGCAAUAUGUGCACAACAAAGAAUGCAAGGCAGCCCUAGGUGUCAAGAUCGCAGCCAAUGACCUGGAAAAGGCCAUUGCGGGUUCUCGAUUGCUCGUGGUCGGCCCCGAGGAUGACGAGGAAGACUUGAUGGAGGACGUCAUGGCGGAUCUGCAAAGCCUUCUCAGCAAGAUAUCCAAGGACAACCGAGGGGUCAGUGUCCAGGCUUCUACUCUGGGCUCUCUGGAGGCAUUGCUGGAAUUCUUGAAACAGAGCAAGAUCCCCGUCGCAAAUAUCGCCAUCGGGCCGGUGUACAAGCGAGACGUCAUGAUGGCGGGUACCAUGCUGGAGAAGGCGAAAGAAUACGCGGUGAUGCUUUGCUUCGACGUCAAGGUCGACAAAGAGGCACAACAGUACGCAGACGAGAACGGCAUCAAGAUCUUUACCGCGGAUAUUAUCUAUCACCUGUUCGAUGCCUUUACAAAACACAUGGAGGAAUUGCGGGAAAAGAAGAAGGAAGAGAGCAAGAUGCAUGCUGUCUUCCCCUGCGUGCUCAGCCCUAUCCAGGUCUUCAACAAGAAGGAUCCCAUUGUGGUGGGCGUGGACGUUGUGGAAGGCAGCCUGCGGCCAUUGACACCGAUUGCGGUAGUAAAGACGAAUCCGGUAACGGGCGUGAAAGAAAUCAUUACAUUGGGCAGAGUAUCAUCCAUCGAGCGCGAACACAAGGCCAUCCCCGUCUGCAAAAAGGGACAGCCGUCAGUGGCAGUCAAGAUUGAAGGACCCAAUCAACCCAUGUACGGACGACAGCUGGAAGACAAGGAUACUCUGUACUCUCUGAUUUCUCGCAAGUCAAUCGACACGCUGAAGGAGUUCUACCGAGAUGAGGUGACGCGGGAUGAAUGGGCAUUGCUGAAGAAGCUCAAGCCGGUUUUUGACAUUCCUUAGACGAAGAGAGCACGAUGUGACGGUAUAUGACAUAGUGCAAGAAGGGCGUUUGGAGGACGGACGAAAAGCAUGACAUGACAUUUGCAUUUUUGGGCUGGAUGGAUGAGUAUGAGUUACUGAGGGCAUGGCCAUGGGCGGAGUACUGGACUUGAUCAAGUUGUUCAGUGCUGUAGCGCUUGUCUCUGCUCUCUCUAUUGAAACCUUUCCUCGUUAGUCGUCCAGAGAUCCAUUCCGUGGCUUUGUAGUGGUUGAAUAGAGUGUCACCCGACAAUGGAUCAAGACCACAAUUAAUAUCAUUCCACUCGG